AUGAAUCGUAAAGUGUGUGCCAAUAUUAUGUAUCAACGAAAUGGCCUGAACAUCGAUCUUACAAUUGACGGAAAUAUUCUCAGCUCAAUGACAGUUACAAAUUACAUGCCAUUUAAAAUGUGUUCAUUAAUUCCUGGAAGCUUAUCUUCAAAAGUUUGCUUGAAUAUUUUAGAGCUAAACAUCUUUUCUCGAUCAAUAACUGUCUGUCCGAGACUGGAUUUUAUGACACAAAAUCACCGAUGGAUUUUAACUUACACUUGUAUUAGUAUAUCAACUCUUCUGCCUGACAUGAACAUGGCAAUGCCGAUAAAUUCGGCGAUGAUAGUCAAGUUUACUACAAAUCGCCCUCAAAGUUCCACAAGUCGUUCACCAAGUCAGCAAAUACAAACCGCGCCAACGUCGAAUCAAAUGAUAUCAUCAUUGAGCGUAAAUUCACCAAGUCCAAUGGUUUCAAAACCACAAUCAACUGUUGGUUCAUCAGAACCAACCUCUGCUAAAACUAAAUCAACGAGUCCAAUAGUUACAACAUCGACAUCUAAAACUAGACCAGCUUCUUCAACGGUCACAAUGAUGACAACUAAACCAAUUCCAAGUAAAACCAAGCCAGCUACUGCACCCAUGAGUACUACGAAACCUACUGAACCAACUUCUUGCAAAAUUACUUCUGAAAGUUCUCCGAAGUAAUUAUGGAAAGUUAGGGUACUACACUCGGUUAUAUAAUUAUCGUUCACAAUUUAAUGAGACUUGUUAUACUAGUACAUUAUAUUAUAAUAAGAUAAGAAACCAAUUAAAUUUUUG